AUGUCUGCCCCGGAAAAUGACGACAAGAGCCUCCACCAGGAGCUCUCGCUUAUCAUCCUACUCGCCGAUCGGGUCAUCAAAUCGGCCCAAGAGGCCGAGUCCUCCAAGCUGGACUGCGCCGACCUCGCCAAGCAAGUCGACCGCCUCUCCCAGAUGCUCCGAUCCACCGUCCGAAUCGCCGCCACCACUCAGUCCCUCUACGAGCGACCCGUCCGCCGAAUUGUCGCUGACGUGGCGAAGAACCUCGACCGGGCUUUGACUCUGGUCCGGAAAUGCAAGCACAGUGGGGUCCUCAGACAAGUCUUCUCCAUAACCACCACCGCCGAUUUCAGGAAAGUCUCGAGCCUUCUGGAAUCUUCCAUCGGAGACAUGAAGUGGCUUCUCUCCGUGUUCGAGUCCGACGGCGCCAACCUCUCCCUGCCUCCGAUCGCCAGCAACGACCCAAUUCUCAGCUGGGUCUGGUCUUACAUAGCCACUAUCCAAAUGGGUCAACUCAGAGACCGAGUCGACGCGGCUAACUCGCUCGCUUCCCUGGCUCGGGACAACGACCGAAACAAGAAGAUAAUCGUCGACGAAGGUGGCCUGACGCCGCUGCUAAAGCUUUUGAAAGAAGGGUCUUCCCCUGACGCCCAAGUUGCGGCGGCCAAUGCUCUGUUUCAUAUUGCUACUGAUUUAGAAAGGGUCCGAAUUAUCAUCGAUUUAAUGGGAAUUUCGGUUGUUGUUUCGGUUUUGGGUGAUUCGCCGAUGCGGGUUCAGGCUUCCGUGGUGAAAUUGGUGUCGGAAAUGGCGGGGCUUGACCCGGUUGCGCAGGAGGAGUUUGGUAGGGAGAAUGUGACGAGGCCUUUGGUGUCUUUGUUGUCCAUGGAUACGGUUCUGGAUGAUCCGAAGGUGCAAACGGGUAAGCCUAGCAUUCAUAAUCUUGUUCAGAUUAACAAAGAGUUAGCUGGAAAGGGUUCAAAUCCCAAUAGUCGUUCGUCGUCAUUUUCGAGUCAUUAUCAUUCAGAUGGUAGUAGUAGAGGGGCGCAUUAUAGGAAAGAGAGGGACAGGGAGGCUGAGUCCCCUGAGGUGAAGCUUGAGCUCAAGGUUGGUUGUGCCGAGGCUUUGUGGAAAUUGUGUAAAGAGUGCUUGUUGAAUAGUAGAAAAGUUACUGAGACUAAAGGGUUGAUUUGUUUGGCAAAGAUUAUUGAGACUGAAGGAGGGGAGUUGCAGCUGAACUGCUUGAUGACUGUGAUGGAAAUAGCCGCAGUGGCUGAGUCCAAUCCCGACCUUAGAAGAGCGGCCUUUAAGCCUACCUCUCCGGCUGCAAAGGCGGUUUUGGAUCAGCUUUUGAGAGUGAUUCAAGAAGAGAGUAGUCAAGAAUUGCAAAUUCCUGCCAUUAAGGCAAUUGGAUCAUUGGCAAGAACAUUUCCUGCUAGGGAAACCCGAAUCGUUGGUCCCUUGGUUGCACGGCUUGGCAAUGGGGAUGUGGAUGUGGCAACUGAGGCUGCUAUUGCAUUAGGGAAGUUUGUGAGUACGGACAAUUUCAAUUGUGUGGAGCAUUCGAAGACGAUUAUUGAGUUUGAUGGGGUUCCUUCUUUGAUGAGAUUGUUGCGGACCACUGAUCGAAUCAACGAACGGGGCCACGUCAACUGCUUAGUACUACUAUGUUAUCUAGCAUUGCAUGUUGGCAAUAGCAAGGCUCUUGAACAAGCACGAGCAUUGAAUACUCUUGAGGGGGGAGCUCGUUCUGUUGUAGCUCAGUAUCCUGAUUUGAGGGAUUUGUUUGCCAAAUCCAUGCACAAUCUCACUCUUUAUCAGGCUGGAGCUCAUCCCCACAGGCAAACCUACAUACCCUAG